UGUUUACAAAGUUUCUAUAAGAGUGAAAGAGAAGGAAAGAAUUUCAUGCAGUGCCCUAUAGGGACAAACAGAACCAAACAACCUGCCAAAAUUUAUCUGUCAAAAGUGGUCAAAUAUUUGGCGUCUGGGCAAAGAGUGUAAUAAAUAGAAAUUGUAGGAAGUAUUCGGGAUAUGUCUCGCUGAUCAGUUAAAAACGUUAUCCUGCAAGAUAUCGAAAAAUAUAAAGUGCUAAUAUGGAUAUUACGAAGUCGAAACUCUUCAUACAUACUAUUGUGGACAUUAGAGAUGAUUUUGAAGAGAAAUACGAGAAAGCUUAUCGUGCUUACGAAGAUGCAAUAACAGGCGUAGAUGAAAAAGAGCUUCACGAGUUGCUGUCUGGAACCAUAUGCAAGGAGACACAACACGAAGAAAUAUCUCUUGCGUUGACAUAUUUAAUCUUAACUGAUUCUAAUGCAGCCGGAAAAGCUUAUUCCGAUUUGACCAUUUUGACUCAUGAUGGAUUGGCAUUUGUGAUCAACAACUUAGCCAUGCUGGUAGCCGAAAAAUAUCAAAGAUUGAACGACGUUCCCCGAAAACAGCUGUUGUGGUUUCUCAAGGAGUUGAUAAAAAAUCAAGUGCUCAACGUAGAUAAUUUGGUUUGGAACAUUCUGCGGCAAGCCAGUGGGGGCGACAUUAGUCCAAAAAACGUUGCUCUGGUUGAUGGCCUUUUGGAUAUAUUCAUCGAACAUAGAUCUUGGCUGGAGAAGGAUCAGUUUCUUGUCGGAACUGUCAUAUAUACUUUUUUAAGGUUGCUCGAAGACCACAACGGACCCCAGUUUAGUCAUCUAUAUAACAAAGAAGUUGGCUUCGUUAUAUCAUUGAUUCGAGACAGAUUUGCAGAUGUAAUUCCUCUAGGUCGUGAAUUUGUACGCUUGCUACAAAAUGUGUCUCGCAUACCAGAAUUCGAAUGCCUGUGGAAAGACAUACUGCACAAUCCAAAGAAAUUGUGCCCUACAUUCAACGGAGUCAUGCAACUCAUGCAGACCAAAACAAGCAGACGUUUCCUGCGAUGCCGUCUAACUCCAGAUGUCGAGCGAAAGUUACACUUCUUGAUCAGCAAUGUCAAGUUUGGAAAUCAAAAACGGUAUCAAGAUUGGUUUCAAGAAAAAUAUUUCACAACACCUGAGUCCCAAAGCUUGCGUUCAGAUUUAAUUAGAUUCAUAAUUGGGGCUAUACAUCCUACUAACGACAUGCUCUGUUCAGAUAUAAUUCCACGUUGGGCAGUAAUUGGAUGGUUGUUGACUUCAUGCACUAAUGCUGUCGCACAAGCCAACGCCAAGCUGUCAUUGUUUUAUGAUUGGUUAUUUUUCGAUCCACUGAAAGACAACAUAAUGAAUAUUGAGCCCGGAAUACUAGUCAUGUAUCACUCCAUUAAAAACCAUCCGCUGGUGAGCUGUACUUUGUUGGAUUUUCUAUGCAGGAUUAUGAAACACUUCCACCCAAAAGGAGAAGAUCGCGUCCGGGCUGGAAUAUACAAUUCACUACGCAUGAUACUAGAUAAGCAGGUUAUUCCGAAUCUUUUUCCUUUACUGGAAUCUUCUAAGCUAGAUCGUGAAUUAAAAUUGAUGCUGCGAGAAAAUUUUCGAGAGUUUUUCUCAUCGCCUUCAACAACUCCCACUGUUAUCGGUACAUCUCAAACAUUAAAAGGGCCCUUGCUAGAAGAUGAUCAACAAUCAGAAAGUGAUCGUCCAGAGGAUAAUUUCAGUCACAUGGAAAACGUCGUGAAUUACAAUACGUUGAACGAUGAACUAACGUUCAGUGACGAUGAGGAUGAGAAAAAAAUUAACAAUUCGAAGGAUGAAGUUUCGGAUGACGAUGAUCUGCCACUUUCGAAGGUGUUGGAAUUGGAGAAACCGAUUAUUCAAUCGAUACCAGAGGAAUUGCUUAGUUGUAUGGAUGUUUUCAGCAAUUCCAGAAGUGCUGAAGAUUUCGAGUCGCUUCUUGAUGAACUAACUCAAACAGACCCAUUGAACAUUGAUCAGGAAACAUACGUCAACGAAAGAAUAGCUCAAAUUUUGCAUCAAUCGCUCUCGAGCAGGUCGAUUUUUCCGGAAUCAAAAUCAGAAGAAUGUCUUUCAGAAAGCAUUAGUGGCCCAAUAUUUAGCUUAUUGAAAAUACUGCUGCAACCAGAAGAGAAGCGGAAAAUUCCCUUGACGAAUUUACUUUUGCAUGUUCAUAAGCUAAUUCCUAACACUGGCUACCUUCUUCUUCAUUACCUUAAAGUGAACGCCAAACAACAAUCGCGUCGAAAGGAAAACGUGACAUCAGCAUUUAAAGGCAAUGUCUAUAAGUAUUACUGCGCAAUCAUCGAUUCCCCUUUCGAGGAGCAACUGAAAAAAGAUCUGGGACUGCUGGAGAAAAAUGAUACAAAAUUAUUUUUCUGGAUCCUUCCUGAUCUGUUUAAAGAGUAUAAGAGUGUAAUGCUGAACAACAUGGAUGUGUUGGCAUUGUUCAUUGGUGCAAUUGAUGCAAACAAUCUUCGUGAUGUAAUUUUUAACAUCACUCAAGGCAAGCUUAUAAUGUUUACUAGCGACGACAUUAUCGACGUUAUUCGCGACAGUUUGGAAUAUGAGACAUUCGAGCAGUUCUGUUUUUGGCAACUUAUUCAAGCUCACGAUAUACCUCUGGAGUCAUUUCAGGACAUCAUUCCCGAAUUGGACACAGCUGUACAUGCAGAGGCACUAACAUAUAUUCUUCUUUUGUUAAAAAAUGAACAACCAUCAACGGAGUUGGUGAAAUGCCUUCUCAGCAGAGAAUCUAAAAAUCGAGCUGACGCAUUCGUAAUAUCUGUCCUUCGUUGCUGGUGCGAAAACUACGAAGAAAAACUAUCGGAAAUUAUAGCUGGUUUACUACAGUCAAAAUAUCCUGCUAGUUCGCCGAACAAACGUAAACGACCUUUAAAGUCAUCCCCAUUGCAACAUUGCACACCAUCCUCAGAACAAAUACUUUAUCAUCUAGAACACUUCCGACGUAGUUGUCGACAUGGAAAUGGUACUGGUACAGGGCUUUAUGUGCAGAAUGAAAUGCAGAGAUCUCUGCAACAAGCCUUCGCCCACAGUACAGACAGUCAAAAGAAACACUUCGCCGAUUUAUUUGCUCUGGCUGCAGAAGACGAAACUUCCGCAUCCGUUGGGCGCAGGAGUACCAGUAGUCGCGGACGCAAACCGCCUGCAAGCAAAAAAGAUUCAACGACUUCCAUCAGCAGCUCAAAGAAGAAUCUGGAUAACACAUAUGCCAGCGAUGACUCGACGGAUGUCCAGACAUUGGGCCUUUUCUUUUUCUUUGUGGCCUUUCUUCGCCAGAACCACGGAACCGCAAGCCAUCCGGUUCAAUAGUGCGCGCUCGACGUUCGUUGCUCAAUCCCAGCCAGCAGAAACCGCCAUUGCUACGACUAGUCGGCAUCUCCAAGCCGCCAUCUUGGCGAAUAAGACGAGUCGGAGGACACCUAUGAGUCCGGCUCUGGUCUGCCGAAUCGCGAAUCAUCACCAGCCAGAAGA